AAUGGGCAAAUCCUCAGAAGAUAUUGAAGGGGUUUCAGGAAACAAUUAAACAAAAUCAUAUAUCAUCACGCACCCAGAUUUGGUAGGCGAUCGUUCCAUUCCAUAGGGGUUGCAGCCGUCUCCCCCCUUACUUUUCCUUUGGAAAAUGGAGCAUCGCUGUAGCAUUCCCUAAUCUCUCUUUCCUUUGAAAAAUCUUUUGAUUCUGAUUUCCCUUUUCCAGAUAACACAAAAUCAAAACCGGCCUUCGAUCUUUCUGACCCAUUUUCCGAUCAGAGAAAAAAAAGUAGGGUUUUGAUUUGUAGAGGAUUUUGAGAUGGACCCAAUCGCCGUUGACAACAUAAUCGAACGGCUAACUGAAGUUCGAUCGACUAAAUCAGGGAAGUUGGUUCAGCUUUCGGAGGCUGAAAUCAAGCAGCUUUGUGCUGCCUCUCGCGAAAUUUUCAUCAAACAACCUAAUCUUCUUGAGCUUGAAGCCCCUAUCAAGAUUUGCGGCGACAUUCAUGGGCAAUACAGUGAUCUUUUAAGGCUUUUUGAAUAUGGAGGCUUUCCACCUCAAUCCAAUUAUCUUUUCCUGGGAGACUAUGUGGAUCGUGGCAGACAGAGUUUGGAAACAAUAUGCCUAAUGCUUGCUUAUAAAAUCAGAUAUCCAGAGAACUUUUUUCUUCUUCGGGGAAACCAUGAAUGUGCUUCCAUAAAUAGAAUUUAUGGGUUUUAUGAUGAAUGCAAGCGUCGGUUCAAUGUGAAGCUAUGGAAAGCUUUUACAGAAUGCUUUAAUUGUCUACCCGUUGCUGCUCUUAUUGAUGACAAGAUAUUGUGCAUGCAUGGAGGCCUCUCCCCUGAUCUUUCUGACUUGGAUCAAAUUAGAAACUUGCAACGACCAACUGCUAUCCCAGAUACAGGGCUACUUUGUGAUUUACUAUGGUCAGAUCCUAGCAAAGAUGUUAAAGGAUGGGGGAUGAAUGAUCGAGGGGUUUCUUAUACCUUUGGUGCUGAUAAGGUUUCAGAGUUUUUAACAAAGCAUGAUCUUGAUCUUGUGUGUCGUGCUCAUCAGGUUGUGGAAGAUGGUUAUGAAUUCUUUGCAGAUAGACAACUUGUAACGAUAUUCUCAGCCCCAAAUUACUGUGGUGAAUUUGAUAAUGCAGGUGCAAUGAUGAGUGUCAAUGAAAAUCUCUUGUGCUCUUUCCAAAUCCUCAAACCAGUUGAGAAGAAAGACAAGUUCUUAAAUGUCCACUAAAAUCUAUAGCUUCUCAAGCCGAAGAACAUUCAUUGACUUGAAAGAAGUAAAUUUCUCUUGUUUUUUCCAGGGACUUAGAGGAAGAAGAAUCUGUAUAUAUUUUUUAGUAGUUUGGUCAUAUUAUGAUUAUAAUGUUUAAUGGGUCCAAGACGAUUUGUAAUUUAAGAUGAUAAAUCAAUCUAAUCACCGAUUGAUUUCACAUAA